CGCCCCGCCCCUUCCGGCGGCGCUUCCGUCCCGGCGCCGGGCGGUGCAGCAUGGGGGUCACCUGCGUGGCGCAGGUGCCGGUGGCGGAGGGGAAGAGCGUGCAGCAGACGGUGGAAAUCCUGACGCGGAAGCUGGAGCUGCUGGGGGCCGAGAAGCAGGGCACCUUCUGCGUGGACUGCGAGACCUACCACACCGCCGCCUCCACCAUCAGCAGCCAAGGGCAGACAGGCAAGCUGAUGUACGUGAUGCACAACUCUGAAUAUCCCCUCAGCUGCUUUGCUCUCUUUGAAAACGGUCCCUGCCUCAUAGCAGAUGCCAACUUUGAUAUCCUUAUGGUGAAGUUGAAAGGCUUCUUUCAAAAUGCCAAGGCGAACAAGAUAGAGAGCCGGGGCACCCGCUACCAGUACUGUGACUUCUUGGUGAAGGUGGGCACGGUUACAAUGGGGCCCAGUGCCCGCGGGAUAUCUGUGGAGGUGGAGUACUGUCCCUGCGUGAUAGCCAACGACUGCUGGAGCCUGCUCAUCGAGUUCAUGCAGAGCUUCAUGGGGAACCACACUCCCGGCAUCCCGUCCGUGUUUGGCACCAAGCACGACAGCAUCUACAGCCCAGCGGACACGAUGGUUCAGUACAUGGAGCUGUUCAACAAGAUCCGCAAGCAGCAGCAGGUGCCUGUAGCGGGGAUCAGAUGAAAGGACUCCCUGGAGCCCGGUUUAGAGUGAUUGCAUCCUCUCGUCUGCCUGCCCGUCUGCAUCAGGAGUUCUCCAAAAAGCGGCACUGGAAGCAGCCUGAGGUUGUUUUUUUUUUAUUUUUUUCUUCUCGAUCUCUUUCCCCUGUUUCAAAGCAAAGGUCUGGAACGCUAUGCGUAUUUCUUGUUGUCCCUCGUGGUUUUGAGUGUGUCUGGGAUCAGGCCUGUGGUUCUGGUGGUUCUUUGUACAGUGCUUCGUGCAGGGGAUUACUGUUCGUUGGCAGAAGGGAAAAGGAGAAAUUCCAGCCAAAUGCAUGCAAGGGCAGAGUUUCCUUGACUGCAGACAGCUACGUGAGAGAUUUUUUUAAUUUUUAUUUUUCUAGAUAUCCACGUGAAAGUGUCUUGUUAUUUUUCAUCAAAAUAAAAAGCUGUAUUUUGUGAGGAGAUGGAGUCUUUCUGCACAGCCAGUGUUGUGCUGUUUUGUAUUGUUUAUUUACAGCUUUUGAAAUUUUCUGUUGCAUGGAGACAACUCUUCAGCAGAGUUUUAUCUUUGAUUUGAUUCAAGAGCUUUAUACUCCUGAAGCAAACUAAUUUCCCUGUGGCAAAAUCUACAGGAAUUCUUGCAUUCCUAUUAUGGGUACGUUCUUAGCUUGCCUUCAUCUUUUAUAUCUGAUGGGAGUAUUAAAAUCUUCUACCUCUCAGAUGAUACUGUUGAAGCCUCGUGAUAAAUAAAUAAAUAAGCCUGGCAGGAGCCCUCUCAUGCAUUGAAAGAGAAUCCCAACCGCUUUAUCUCAUUGUUUGAAAGGUAGGUAAUAAAUGUCCUAUCCCUGCACACCAUUUCUCAUUUGAGAAAUCCUGGUGACUUCAGCAGAUUACUGGAGUAAGGAAGGAUUUGGGGAAUAAGAGCCAAAAAUUUUUUAUAAGACUUAACGAUACGGUAUCACUUGAAUAUAUUUUUUUUUAGUGGUGAUUUAUUUUUACAGCAGGAAAACCAGGGACAUUAGAUCCCUUUUGAGCUAUCCGUCCCCUUGGUUUUACUUGUUCGGUAUCUAUCUGGCUUGUGGCUGUCAUUUUUUUCUUCUCCUCCCUGCUCCACCCCCUGCUUGGUCUCAGAAAACGCGGAAACACCCUUGUUCAGCCACCAACCUUUGCGCUGAACUUCCUUUAUGGUUCCCGGGAGACUGUGUGUGUAGCAGGGUUCCAGCUCUGCAGCCCAUGUCCUGGACGUAAAGGACAGUUGUAGAGAAUGUCUAAGGAUGGUUUUAGGAGGGGAGAUUUUUAUGACGGACAGCGGGUUCCUUGUGAAAAAGCAGCGUGCAUCUUGCUUGCGGGAAAUAUUGUUGGUUCCUUGCCGAUACAUGGGUCCUGAAGAGUCUGAAGAGCAAGUAAAACAGAAAUAGAUUUCUCUGAAAUAGGUUCUUCCUUCUGAAGCAGUGGAGGGGGGAAAGAAGCUGGUUUGUUACUUGAUUUCCUGACUGGUAGAAAACUAGUUAUUUAGAUAUGACUUCUCUGUGAUGAUCAUUUAUACCUGUAAACCCAAUUAACUGUUAGAGUGCCUAGAGCUUUUAGUGCGGGCUCUUAAUAAAUUUAAUCAGCACUGGGUCCAGAAAGAUCUGGUUAAUGAGCCAUAAUAAAUGGCAUAAUGUACCAUAAGUGUGUUACAAAUUCCAACAUGCUGAAUAUAUGGAAUUUUUGCAACUCUUAGCUCAAGUUCAUGACAUGUGCACUGACUUCAGUGGGACUAUUAAUUUUCAGUAAGAAUCUGACCUGCGUUUCACGUAGUUAAGCGUGGCUGGGAAAACUUGGGAAAACUAACUGUAGCCUUUGUAGGGAUAGUUAUUUCUGUCCUGUUUCCCAUUUUAAGUCUUAAGGUUAAAAAAAAAAACAAACCAACACAAAAAACAAACCCCAAACCUUUUAAUGAUCAGAUUAGUCAUGCUGAAUGUUCCUAAUGCUUUAUUAAUUCCCAAAAGAUGUGUUCUGUAACCAGAGAUGUCAGAACUCUGGUCACAUGUCUUAAAAACAUAAAAUGUGUGCGGGAAUCUCUGGGGACUUCUGUGCUCUUAUUAAUACAUUGUACUGUUCCUAGAGUAAUAAAAUGGGACCCCUUGAGCUACAUUCUGCC